GAUCUAGUUGGAAGACACGCGAUGUCCUUCCAGCUGCCCACAACCAGUGGUGAGAUGUUCAAGUUCAAACCUGGUGGACGGCCUAUCGCCCUGUUCUUCUUCCCCGCAGCAGGAACAAUAGGAUGUGUUCUUCAAACUUGCUCAAUACGAGAUGCGUCCAACUCUAAAGAAAUAUGGUCCAGAGCUGCAUGCGAAGUUAUUGGCAUCAGCGGGAACACCAUAGAAGAGAACAGACACUUUGUCGAGGAUUACCGUCUCCCUUUCACUGUUCUCUGCGAUGUCGACGGAGCAGUAAGAAACAUGUAUCGGACUGGAAAGGGCUUGCUUGGCUACGACGCCAUUCUUCCAGCUCGCGUUACCUUCUUCAUUGACAGCCACGGAAUCAUUCGAGAAAUCUACGAUUCCUUCAUACAUGCCAUUGCUCACCGUAAAUUCAUCGAAAAGUGGAUUGAACGGAUAGAGGUUGAA